AUGGAAGCGGAAGCAUGUGCAGAGCGUUUUCUAUGGUGCUUCGCCCGCUACCACUGGUGGCCCGACGCUAUAACGAGCGAUAGGGGCUCGAAUUGGGUAGGCCGCUUUUGGAGGCACAUGUGCAAGUUACUGGGGAUCGACCAGCAGCUAAGCACGGCGUACCACCCCCAAACCGACGGAGGCCCUGAGAGGAUGAACCAAGAAGUACAGGCAUACCUCCGCGCCGUGAUUAACCAGAACCAGAACGACUGGGAUAAGUGGGUUCCCGCGGCUCAGAUGGCGUUAAACGGUCGGGUCAAUACCUCUAUAGGGAUGUCCCCAUUCUUCGCUAUACACGGCUAUGAGCCGAAGUCACCAGUUCCCCUCGUUACGGAAGCAUAUGCGGAAGAGUAUCCUCAGCAUUCGCCAGAAACCAGGGCAAAGAAAUUUGUUACCAAACUACAACAGAUUACGGACCUCUGCCAAGCAUCAAUGGCGACAGCUACGCAGCAACAAGAACGCUUCGCUAACAGACGACGGAACGCGGCAGAACGCUUCGAAGUAGGCGAUAAGGUUUGGCUUGACUUACGGAACUACGCGUCAGAGCGACCUAAGAAGAAGUUCGACUGGCUGCACGCUAAGUAUACGAUAAGCAAGGUACUCGACCCGUACACGGUUGAACUAGCAGACCUCCCGAGGGGCUGCUAUAAUAGGUUCCACGUCGACCAACUCCGGAGAGCGGGGACGGACCCAAUGCCUGACCCGACCUGGACCUCUUUAGACAAUAUGCAACAGACAGCGGCCUUGGAUAAGUACGAACAGAGAUACGGCCCGGCUCUCGAAAACGAUGGACCAUACCAGCACCGACGAGUGGCAACGGAAGCACAGCCGGCCCAAAUCCAGGGGCAAGUCGAAGGAAUACAACCACAGCUGCAGAUACAGGGCAAGAGAAUACGCGGACCACUACGGGCUAGGACUAAUGGCGACGCCCCGUCGAUAGUAACGGCACCAGACCCUAUAGACGACGGCCUACGAUCGUUGUAG